UAGUUUAUGAGUGGCAGGUAAGAAUAGUACACACCAUCAUAUCCCAAUUGAAAACCUUUCAUCUGUAGAGAAGAAAGAGAGACGAUGGGGGAACUUUAUGCCCUUGAUUUUGAUGGAGUUCUAUGCGAUAGCUGUGGGGAGAGCUCACUCUCCGCCGUUAAGGCUGCAAAAGUGAGAUGGCCUUCACUAUUUGAACAAGUUGAUUCAGCCUUGGAGGAUUGGAUUGUCGAACAAAUGUACAUAGUGAGACCAGUGGUAGAAACUGGUUAUGAAAACUUAUUACUUGUGCGGUUGCUCUUGGAGAUGAAGAUUCCUGCAAUUCGAAAAUCAUCGGCUGCUGAAGGAUUAACAGUUGAGGGAAUACUAGAUAAUUGGUCAAAGAUAAAACCUGUGAUUAUGGAGGCAUGGAAUGAAAACAGGGAUGAUUUGAUCAAUCUUUUUGGAGAAGUUAGAGAUAAGUGGCUGGAAACAGAUUUAAACUCUUGGAUUGGCGCAAACAGAUUCUAUCCGGGUGUUCCUGAGGCUUUGAAGUUUGCAAGCUCCAAGCUAUAUAUUGUCACCACAAAGCAGAGCCGAUUUGCAUCUGCCUUGCUGCGUGAAAUAGCAGGAGUUAACUUUCCACCUGAAAGAAUGUAUGGUUUGGGAACCGGUCCCAAAGUAGAAGUGCUAAAGCAGCUCCAAAGGAAACCAGAGAACCAGGGGCUGAAAAUGCAUUUUGUGGAAGAUCGGCUUGCAACGCUAAAGAAUGUGAUAAAAGAGCCGGAAUUGGACGGAUGGAAUUUAUAUCUUGGGGAUUGGGGUUAUAAUACUGGAAAGGAGAGAGCCGAAGCUGCGAGCAUUCCGAGGAUUCACAUUCUUGAGCUGUCUGAUUUCAGUAAGAAAAUGAAGUAGUAAUCAUAUUAAUAGUCCUUGUUCUUACAUCAGAUGAAACUGGUGGAUUUGUUUUCUUAAUUCCUUUGGCUGUUAUUGAGAACUUAACUCACAUAAGGGGAUGUUUAUAACUUAAAAGUGAAUUUUCA